UGUCUUAUACAUUAUCUAUACAGAUACUUUAAAAUUACCUCAAGAAUAAUAAUCAAAUGAGUGAAGUGUGUCUUUGGGAUAAAGAAUAGACAAAUAUUCUGCAUAAAAUGGAUAUGUCUUUGGGCCUUUGAGGUUACAGCAGGAGCUUAAGAACUUGUGUCUCAAGAAGAAUCAAUAGUUGGGCCAUGGGAGGAUUUAUCUUUCCUGACUUUGGGAUUAAAGGCACUACCAUCAGUGAAAGAUAAAGACUCUAAGCCCCAUUUUCUGUGUUCAAAAUUCAUUCUGCUCCUUCUAGAAUAUGAUAAUUUACUUAACACACAUCUGUCUCAGUUUCCGUUUCUGUAGGUCAAGGAUAGUAAGAGCGCCAACUUUGUACCAUUCAAGUUGGAGUUAAAUGAGUAAAUAAAUGUAAAAAACAUAGAGGAAUGCCUGUAAACACUCAUAGUAAACACUCCAUUUUAUUGGCUGUUCACAUUAUUAGUAUCAAUAUUCCUCUUCAGGUGCAGUAGAGAUGGAUGGAACCAAUGAGAGCACCCAGGGAAAUUUCAUCUUUUUGGGAUUUUCUGAUCGGCCCCAUCUGGAGAGAAUCCUCUUUGUGGUUAUCUUGAUUGCAUAUCUCCUGACCCUUGUGGGCAACACCACCAUCAUCCUGGUGUCUCGGCUGGAUCCUCACCUCCACACUCCCAUGUACUUCUUCCUCGCCCAUCUCUCCUUCCUGGACCUUAGUUUUACCACCAGCUCCAUCCCUCAGCUUCUGUAUAACUUGAGUGGAAGUGACAAGACCAUCAGCUACAUAGGCUGUGCCAUCCAGCUCUUCCUAUUCCUGGGUCUGGGUGGUGUGGAAUGUCUACUCCUGGCAGUCAUGGCAUAUGACUGGUUUGUUGCAGUCUGCAAGCCCCUGCACUACAUGGUGAUCAUGAAUCCCCGGCUUUGCCUAGGCUUGGUGUUGAUAGCCUGGGCCUGUGGGGUGGCCAACUCCUUGGCCAUGUCCCCAGUCACCCUACGCUUACCCCGCUGUGGGCGUCACAGUGUGGACCACUUCCUGUGUGAGAUGCCUGCCCUGAUACGAAUGGCCUGUGUGAAUACAGCUGCCAUUGAGGGCACUGUCUUUGUACUGGCAGUGGGCAUUGUACUCUCACCCCUUGUAUUUAUCCUGGUCUCCUAUGGUUACAUCGUGAGGGCUGUGUUACAAAUUCAGUUAGCGUCAGGCAGGCAAAAGGCCUUCAACACCUGUGGCUCCCAUCUCACAGUGGUCUCACUUUUCUACGGAAACAUCAUUUACAUGUACAUGCAACCUGGAAACAGCUCCUCCCAGGAUCAAGGCAAGUUCCUCACCCUCUUCUACAACAUUGUCACCCCACUCCUGAAUCCCCUGAUCUACACCCUCAGAAACAAAGAGGUGAAGGGGGCAUUGAGGAGGUUGUUGCUGCAUGACAGGGAGAAGAAAAGAGUAAGAGUGAAAGGGCCAGACAGGCAUCUCUAGCCUGGUUAUGAACUCCAUCAGGCACCAUUGAUGGAAUCUGGAAUUGUUGGAUCAGAUCUGGGUCUUACCUUUGCUUCCCAAUUUAUAUACCUUUCCCUGGACUUCUUUACAACUGGUUUAGUUCCAUUGAAACAGUAUAUGUUUGAUGAGUGAACUGGAAAACACAUAUCACCCAAAAACCUCUAGGUGAUCUGUAAAGCAGGUAUGAAGACACAGUGAUAUAGAUAUAAAGAUGAGUUUCUCCAACUUUGUACCAGAGUGCCAAGAAGGAAACUUCUUUUCUUAAUAAGAAUUUUGCCUUUGUUGUUUGUUUUUAUUUUUUUUUUAU